AUGAAGUCAACCGAAUAUAAAUACACUACAACUUGGCUACAACCAAGAUCCAAGAAUCUCUAUCAAAUAAUACUUGAACAUCAAUAAAAGGAUGUGUUCAAUUAGCAAAUCCUCACUCCCUCUUGUCUCUAGACUCCUGUUAAAAAAUAAUAGGAAGAAUCACAAAUGGAGAUCAUCAAUCAAAUUAAUUCAUUUUAAGAAAUUUCGAAUUUAAACAUUGAAAAACUAAUUAAUCCUCUACAUUUAUUUGAAUCUUCAAUCUCAGAGAUACAAAUGAAUGAAUCCCUAAGCUAACUAAUUAAUUAUUAAAAAAAAGAGAUAACAUAAGAACUCAAUAAAUACUUAACGAAUCCAAGCAUUGUUAAUUUUAUUACCAAAUAUAGAAUUUUAUAAUCAGGAUUUGCAUUCAUAAUAAGAUUGCAGCAAAAUUAAUCUAUUUAAUUAAUUCUGAACUAAGAUUGCGAGUUAAAAUUUGCAAUCAGACAUCAAUAUCAUAGUAUCUUGUGUACAUCAACCCAUUCUUAAAGAAUUCUUAAACCAAAAACCUUAAAUAUCAUUAAAAAAUAAGUAACUAUUCAAAAUGUUGGAGAUUUAUCUAUUCCAAUAUGCUUUUACAUUCAUUCAUGA